AUGUUGGCUGAUGAAAUCUACCGAAAAAUUCAUCAUGUCAAGAAAAGCAUGUACAAUCAGGACUAUUACACUUUGCGUAAUCAAUGUCUCUUGUCGGGAAAAUUGUUUGAAGAUGAAUUUUUUCCCGCAACUAGUCAGAGUCUUUAUAAAAAAGAUUCAGAAUUUCUACAUGGAACAAAAGAUCCAUAUUUCAAUGAGUGGUUAAGACCAAAGCAAAUUUGUAAGGAUCCACAAUUUUUCAAAAAUGGAUUUUCAACAGACGACAUAAAACAGGGAUACUGCAAAGAUUGUUGGUUUCUUGCUGCUAUUACUAAUUUAACGUCGAAUAAAAAAAAAUUUUCUGAAGUCGUAAGAGGUGACAAUAGUUUCGAGAAUAAUUAUGCUGGAAUCUUUCAUUUUAAAUUUUGGCAGUAUGGAGAGUGGAUAGAUGUUGUUAUUGACGAUCGCUUGCCAACAUUUAAAGCAGCAGAUGGAAAAAUUAAAUUAUCAUAUGCGUCCUCAUCAGAUCAAGAUGAAUUCUGGUCAGCUUUAUUAGAGAAGGCAUUCGCAAAACUUCAUGGUAGUUAUGAGGCAUUAGGAAUAAGUGGAACGUACUGUGAAGCAGCAGAAGAUAUGACUAGUGGUGUCUGUCAAAAAUUUUGUUUAAAAGAUAAGGAAAACUGCCUUAAAUUUCAUAAAUGCUGUACAUACAAUUCUAUCAAUUUCUGCCAGCUUGAGAACUUUUUUAACAUGGGAAACUUUAUGAGUUGCUUCAUUAGAUUGCCACAAGAAGCACAAAAAGCACAAAAAGCACAAGAACGCAAAACAAAGGAAAAUUUAGUUAUGGGGCACUCAUUUGCAAUAACAAAGAUCGCUCGAACAACAAAUGGUGAUCAACUAAUUCAAUUGAAAAAUCCAUGGGGUCGUUACGAAUGGAAUGGUGCAUGGAGUGAUGAUUCAGAAACAUGGAAAAAUACUUCAGAAGCCCUGAAGACAGGACUAGGUUACAAAAACGCUAAUGAUGGAUAUUUCUUCAUUUCAUAUGAAGACUUUCAUAAGUACUUCGAUGUAAUUGAAAUUUGUUUCUUAAAGUUCCCAUAUUCGUUACUUAAAGUGGAGAGCCAAAUGAAAUGUUUCGUAUCAAUUGCUCGAAAAGAUCCAAGAUUGUUUCCAAUUGAUAAAGAAACGACAAAUCAUUUACUUACUUUUAAAUUGAACAUAGCUGAGACAAUUUGCUUUGAAGAUUUCAAAAAAAUGAUAAAUUUUGCUGCUUACCAUGGUGAACCAAUCAUGAAGAAGCAGAACUGUCAAGCUAAGUUUUGUCAACGUUGUCCAAGAUUUUAUGAUCAAUGGAAUGGUUCUCAAAUGGAUAUUUAUCGAAUAAUUUCACGAGAGGAGGAAUUCUACAUUCGAAUUUACUUUUGUUGUGUUUCUCAUAAUGACUUAAUUAUUCUAAAAUGUAUUGCUGUUCAUAUCAGAAUCAUAGGCAAUUGUGUUGAAUUGUAUAAAUCAAAAUGUACUAAAAUUGAGGUUGAUUCAUAUAUGACAAGAUUAAUUAAUAUAAGAGACAAAGAAUUAAAUUAA